UGCUAAUGCAGGAGGAUACCGUUUUAUUCAAGAAUAUAGCAAAGCGAUUUCACAAAUUUCUCAUUUAUUUAUCUACACGUUAUUUUUCCUCAUUCAAAGAGAAAUAGCUUGGCUUACUGUUUCUUGCACGUUUCUAUUCUGACAGCUGUGAACUAGUCUGUCAGAGUUGCUACACACCGACCUUCUACUAGGCUGAAUAGACUUUUAUCCGGACUUCUUAGCUGGUACCUUAAUUUCGUGUCACACCUCAUAGGUUCAGGUAGUUUUGUUGACUGACUGCCUCAUACGUGUCACACAGAUGCCUGGCCGUAGUGCCAUGUGGAAACUUGCCGGUAUCCUUGGGCUGCUCAUACUCCCAUUUGCACCGGUUGAAGCGUGGUACAAGCAAGUCACGAACCCUCGGUAUCAUACUGUGGGUCGAGCCUCUGGGCUGCUGCUUGGGGUCCGGCGCUCCCCCUAUAUCCGUCGUCGAGGGGUUGGUGAUGGAGACCAUCCCUUGGGUAACAUGGGCAAUGGUGAAGACCCCCAGUCUUACGUAAAUGUUCUGCGGUACCAGUUACUAACUGAGCUUCUUGGGGCUCCGACCCGAGAAUCAAUGCCUGAGAAUAACGGCCCUGAAGUCAAACUGCUCGCCAACAGUCCCUGGUUAGGAUCGGCCGACAGUUCCCAUAGUCUUCAAGGUCCCCGUCUAGACAGAGCAUUGCGCAAUAAGAAAUGUUCAUCUCAGCUGAGAGCAGGGGUUGAUGACAGUGACGGACAUGGAGGUGGCCGGCUGCUAAAAACUGAUUUGUUGGGAGAGAGGGCAGUCGAAGUAGCACGCAGGGCAGAGGACUCAGACGAUAUGUCCAUGGAAACAGGCCCAACAAAGUGCGCCGAAGACAAGAGCAUGGGAGAACCUCCGCUACUCCAGGUAAAGGGGACAGCACUACACAGGCUGAUGGACUUUCUAAACCUUUGGAGGGGUCCGAGGACUGAAGACACGACUAAGGAGGUGUGAAGGCCUUUUCAGCUCAAAGAUAACCUCGAUGUGAAGAUAUUAUACAGCUCUGGCUUCAAUAUGAACACGGAGAAGUGAAAAACAACAGUAUGCAUUCUUUCAUCAAAUUGGGAAGCAAAUGACAGUUUGCGCAGAUACAUGUUCUAUAUCUUCAUGUGAAGACAAACCAUUAUUAAUCAAUACAGGCCUCUUUCUUCUUCAGGGCCAUCAUGGAUGUGUUGCACAUCGAAGACUGCUACCAAAGCCUGGAGCCACCAUUUGCAUUUUUGUGCAAAAGUUAUCUUGCGCUUGUUAAAAUAUGGUCAAAAUGUAAUCUUCAGGUUGAUGUUAGUAACUUCUGUAUCAUGUUCAUAUGCUUUUUAUGGAUUUCCCAUCAGUCAUUAAAAUAUUUUCCAUUGAACGGUAUUUCUUACAAUUUAAGGGCACUGCUUUUGUCCCUAGAGUGAUGUAAAGCUUAAAUAAAAACAACAUACAGAUAAAUAAAGUGAUGCAGAAGUAUAAGAUAUAACACCACAAAAUGUACUUAUCUAUUUAAAUGAAAAAAUAUAAAGUUGUCAAUAAAGUGUAAAACAGUGCAUAUCCUGCUAAUUUGUUCACCUGGACUCUGGUAGUUUAGUACAAACGAUUAAGGCACCAAGCUUUCAUUUGACUUUUUUCUGUAGUCCUGAGUUUGAUUAAUUUACUCUGUCUGCAUACUUUGUGACUUUGAGCAAUUUUAUUUACCAUAUUGUGGUCCCAGGGCAACUCUGAAAAGAGGCACUUAAUGCCUAGUGGAUAUACUUAGUUAACAAGUACAAGAAUUUUGCUAACCAUUAAUGACAGAUGAUUAGACUGCUGCAUGUUACAUCAAUGUUACGUUAUUUAC